ACCGUAUUGUUUUGGUGUCUUGAUCUGACGUUUGAAAGAGGGAACUUUCCCACACGUUCGUCUAUGUGUUAUUCCUAUUGCCUCUAUUGAUUCUGUUUACUUUAUCGUUUAAAUACAGUGAUCUUUAGAAAGUAGCAACAUGACUAAACUGGACCGUUUGAACACUUUCAUGACUGAGCGCUUGAUGGCAGCCGUGAAGGAGAUCAUUUUCACAGUCGGCAAGACAGUUCAGGAGUACGAGGAGGAAACAGCACGAAUCAGAAACGAAAAUGAACGGUUGAAAGGCAUGUUACGGGACUCAGGAUGCUUCCCUGACCACACAAAUCCUGCCCUUGUGCAGUCUUAUCAGCCUGUCUCCCCUGGGCAGCCCAGAUGGGUACCCAGCCAGAACGAGGAACCAGAAUCCCUUGAAGAGAUCCAGCAGGACCAGAGCCAAAGUGAAACACAUCCGCAUAUAAAACCAGAACUUGAGUACUCUGCCAACAAUUACCAAGAAUCUGCAGCUUUGCCAUCAAAAGCUGACAACAACAAUGAGGGCUCACAGUGUGCCGAUCACACUGAUACUAAUCCUUUUGAUAAUGAGGUUAUAAACUAUAAUUUCCCAACCAAAAUCAAAGCUGAAUUCAUAAACUCUGACUUAUGUUCAAUCAAUCCUGCAGAGAGCACUGAAGAUCGAUAUCAGAGUUGGUCACCACAUAGUCCAGACUUGCCUUUAGUGGACCUCUACAGAGCACAACACCCGAAUCAGCCAACAUACAUUACCAGUGAAGCUCUGCCCACAGUAUCCCAGCAAAGUGGUUUGUCUCAAGAUUCUCAUCAUUUUUCAUAUCACAACAUAUUAUGUACCAACAGUUCCUACUGUAACAGUAAAUGCUGUGAAAUGCAGAAAAGGACAAUAGCCAAAUCAAGCCCUGUCUGGAGGUAUUUCUCUCUUAAAGAGGGAGACUGUAGCAAAGCUGUGUGCCUUAUGUGUAAAGCCAUCAUAUCCCGUGGUCGGAAAGAAUACACAACAUCUGCUCUUUUAAAGCACCUUCGCAUGAAACAUGGUAAAUGUUGAUUUUGGCAUUUGCCCUCUGAUGUACUGUAUGUACAGUAUUAAAAUCAGCAGGAAGUCACUCCUGCUCAAUCUGGUACAACUACCUUCAUAAAGGUGCCUCAAUAGCAUGAACAUGAGGAAGACUUGGUCUGUGUUAUUCCUGCAAGAAAUGCACUCAUCUUUGACAGUGAUAAGAAUAACAAGUUGAUGACUGAGAGACAUUGCAAAAAAGACUGGAAACCAUUAAACCACUCUGUCAGAAUGGACACUGGCUGUUGUGCAUCACGGUAACCCUUGAUCCUCAGCAAGGUGCAUUGUGUGAUAUACAUUAUAUUGUAUUACGUAACAUAUUUUAUGUUGUUGUUUAACCGUCAGUUUUAUGAUGGUUUACUAUACCAAUUGUUUCAGAAACAACCCCAAAUGGAAUGGGCUGAGAUAAGCAGUCGGAGACCUUGCAGCUCCUGUGGACAGGUCACCCUUUGCCUAUCAAUUACAGUUACAAACAUGGCCUAAAAUACAUCUUCUACCUUGGCACACCUUUGUAAGAUUUCUUUAUACUUGAGCUCACUAGUAAGACUUGAUGCAUGGUUUUUGUAUUCUCUCAAAAUCAGAUUGAGGGAAACGUGUCUUACAAGACAUGAUUAAUAUUAAAGGAAUAUUCCGUGUUCAAUACAAGUUAAGCUCAAUCAACAGCAUUUGUGGCAAAUUGUUGAUUAUAAAUUCCUUGUAUGUGGAAGCAUACUUGGCAAUAAAGCUCUUUCUGAUUCUGA